AUGGUCUUUGUUAAAAUCCAAAAAACCAAGGCUUACUUCAAGAGAUAUCAAGUCAAGUUCCGUCGUAGAAGAGAAGGAAAGACUGACUACAGAGCCAGACAAAAGUUGAUCACUCAAGACAAGACCAAGUACAACACACCAAAGUACAGAUUCGUUGUCAGAGUUACCAACAAGGAUAUCAUCUGCCAAAUUGUUGCUGCUAAAUUGAAGGGAGAUGAAGUCGUUUGCUCUGCCUAUGCUCACGAACUCACCAGAUAUGGCAUGCCAGUGGGUCACACCAACUAUGCUGCUGCCUAUGCUACAGGUCUCUUGCUCGCCAGAAGAUUGUUGAAGAAGGUUGGUUUGGAUACCAGAUAUGCUGGUAAGACUGAAACUGAUGGUUCAGUCUUCUUGGUCGAACAAGCUGAAGGUGCUCCAAGACCAUUCAAGGCUUACCUCGAUGUUGGUUUGGUUAGAACAACCACUGGUAACCGUGUUUUCGGUGCUUUGAAGGGAGCUUGUGAUGGUGGUUUGUAUAUUCCACACAGCAAUCAAAGAUUCCCAGGUUUCAAUAAGGAAGAUGAGUCCUACAAUGCUACCGUCCACCGUGAAAGAAUUUAUGGUAUCCACGUCGGAAAGUACAUGAAGGAAUUGAAGGGAUCCAACGAGGAGGAAUUCAAGGCCCGUUUCUCACUUUUCAUUAAGAAUGGAAUUACUGCUGAGAACAUUGAAUCCAAGUACAAGCAAUUGCAUGCUGCUAUCAGAAAGAAUCCAGAUGCCGUCAAGAGCACCAAGACUGCUCCAGCUGUUCAAAAGCGUUUCAACAGAGAGAAGUUGGACCUCAAGUCAAGAAAGCAAAGAGUCGAAUCAAAGAAGGCCAAGCUCAUCGAAAAACUCAAGAACGUUCAAGAAUAA